AUGCUCACCCUUAGGCGCCGGAGCCUAUCCCGGAUAUUAUUCUUCCUAGCUCUCGCUUUUGCUGUCAAAGUGCUAUUCUUCUCCCCCGCGCCCCCUACCAACGAAAUCCAGAAGCACAACGUGCUGGACUAUGUCUCACGCGAUGACCGACUAGACGUGCGACGGCACAAAUUCUUGCAGAGUCGGAUGGGCCGCGACGAACGACCGGACAUUCUCUCGGAUAUCAUCGAGAACGGCAUAAAUGACUAUUGGGAACGGUUUCAGAAACCAUUUAUUGCCGGAAAGGACACCGCCGUCAUGGACGCGCAAAGCGUCAUGACCUCCAUCGAACAACUGCUAUCCCUCAACGGAUGGGUCGCCGCGCUCUGUCCUACACUCACGCGCCCGUUCGGCCAGAACACGCUCGACAGCGCGUACGACGAGCUCGCGCAGCAAGACAAUCUAUACUACAUCGCCAUUGUCAUCCAUUCUGCCGACCACUUCCUCGUCGAUCAGCUCGCCGUCAUCGUGCAGAUGGCCAAGCGCCUCGGUCCGCAGAACCUCUUCGUGUCCAUGCUUGACUACGACUCCUCCGACUCGACAGAGACGCUCACCGACCUUGCGGAAGCAGUACUCAUCUUGCUUGGCAUACCGUACCGUAUUCGUCGCGUACCCGGCAUGACCGUCGACCCUGCGGCUGCGUACUACCCGCUCGAGGAAGCACAUAUGCGCAAUCUCGCGCUCGAACCGUUGCACGAGCUGUAUACGCGUCGGAAAAUCAAGUUCCACCGCGUUCUCUGGCUCAAGGGCUUCACUUGUCCGAACGACAUCUUUGAGACCAUCAAGGUCUCCCAGGCCAACGACGCGGCCAUGGUCUGCGGUAUGGACUGGGCAGAGCACAACGGCUUUUACAUCUUCUCCGAUAGAUGGAGAACACGCGAUAUCAACGGCGACCAGUUCCGCCAAUCGAAAUCCUCUUCUAACGCCGACGCCGUGCCCGUUCGUGAUCGCACUGGCGCUCAGCGCUACGCCCAGCACCUUCCAUUUCAGGUCUUCUGCUGCGAAGCUGGAACGCACGUUGUCGAUCCCGCGCAAAGUUACUACGCCGGUGUCGCUUAUCGCGCUGGUAUGGACUACCACAACGCUACUGCGGCCAGCUCAACGGAGGCGCCUCCUGCACGAUCCCCCGGCGCGCCAUGCCUUGAUAGUUCGCAGGCGUGGUUCUGUAGGGAUCUGUGGCUGCUCAAAGCGAAGGAGGGUAUGCAGGAUAUGGAUGGCAGCGACGACGAUGUGCGUAGGCGGAGGAAGCGCGCCGUCCCUUCCAAGCCCGAGCUCGUCAUUGAGCGCAGGGACACCCCGAAAGAGUACCAUGAAGUUCCUGCUCAAGAAAAGCGCGAGCCUGCCGCUGAAGGCGACAAGCGUGAUAUCGUGGAUGCCGCCGUUGGCCGUAAAGAUGCCCAUCGGCAGGCCGCGGUCGUCGACCCAGAUGCCAAUGCUGGCUCAGACUACGACGCGAUGGACGACGCGGACGAGGCAGAGGAUGUCCCCGCACCGCCGCCCGUCAAGCUCAGCAUCCCUAACAGUGCUUUCCGACCUGCGCGGAUCGUCGUGAACCCGCGAUGCGUGACGACCUAUGCGGGUGUCAGUCAUACGCAGCUCGCGCGCGAUCUGUUCGGCGAGGACGAUAAGGUCGCCGCGGGUGGUGCGGGGAAGUAUGUGCUUGAGGACUGGGAGGGUGCACCGGAGAGUUUCGUGUGCCAGGAACAGCGACAGACGGGUGGAAGGAAGGCGACGAAGACACAGAGGAGGCUUGGAUUUUCAUUACAUGAUGAGCUAAGGGAUACAUAA